GAAGUCACAGACUUCCAUUAAAAACAAAACCAGGUCCGUUUGUCGUCAGCUUACAGAAACCAGCGUUACCGCAUAGCACGGAUGCACCCAACCCCUCCUACCUCAUUCCUGUCAGAUAUGCCCAAUACAUUUGUUGAAACGCUGGCGUUUCACAUCACUUGUGCUCGCGAGCGAAGCCGCUGUAGUCAUGAGGGCUAAGCUGGAGAUCCUGGCCCUGGUGCUGGGCGCCGUCGGUCUGAUCGGGACCAUCGCGGUGACCGCGCUCCCCAUGUGGAAGGUCACGGCGUUUAUCGGGCCCAAUAUCAUCGUCAUGGAGGCGCAGUGGGAGGGCUUGUGGAUGGCGUGCAUUCGGCAGGCGGACAUCCGGAUGCAGUGCAAGAUCUACGACUCUCUGCUCAUCCUGCCGGGAGACAUCCAGACGGCCCGCGGGCUCAUGUGUGUGUCCAUCACACUCGCCGUCCUCGCCGUCCUGGUGUCCGCCUGCGGGAUGAGGAGCACAGACUGCCUUCAGGACCACAGCAGGGGCAAGAACGUGAUCCUGCUGGUGGGCGGCUGUCUUUUCGUCGCGUCCGGCCUCGCCACUCUCAUUCCCGUCUGCUGGUCCACUCAUUCCAUCAUACGAGACUUUUAUAACCCCAUGGUGUUGGAGUCGCAGAAGCGUGAGAUCGGACAGGCGCUGUACGUGGGCUUCGCCACGUUCCUGGUCCUCUUGGUGGCAGGGGUGAUCCUGCUGUGCCGUUACGCCCCUCGCCAGAGGAAGGACGAGGAGGACGGGCCGUAUGUCCCGGUGGAAAUGAUUAUGUUGGAACGGACCCCCUCUUCUAACUCUUACUCGAAGAGUCAGUACGUCUGACAGAGACUAAUGAUU